UAUGGCAAAUUAAGCAACAGCAGUAGCAUACGCAGCUCUUUUAUUGGCUGGAUCCAAAACUCCAUUAACAGUUGAAAAUGUUGAAAAACUUACAAAGAAAGUAUUCAUAAAUUGAAAUAUUUUUACAGGCUGGUGUAAAUGUUCCAUCAUAAUUGGCAACCUAAUUCGUCAGAGCCUUUGAAGGAAAAGACAUUAUAAGUCUUCUUUCAGUCGGAGGAGGUUCAGGCUCAGCACCAGCUGCUUAACCAACUUAAGCUGCUGCCAAACCAGCUGAAGCACCAAAAGUAGCUGAAAAACCAAAGGACCCAGAACCUGAAGAAGAUGUUGAUAUGGGAGGUUUGUUUGAUUGAGUU